AUGAGUGGCCUGGAUUCUUCGGCGUCCGCAUGCCAGACGCAACUCUUGGACAUCCUGGACUGUGGAGAGCGUCGACAGUAUGACUUGAUGAUGGCCUUGACGAAAGGUGGCCAUGGUUGUCGCGAGCUAUUCCAAGCAGUUUGGCAACUACGGGACCGCAUUGACCAAAUCUUUGAUUUGGCAGGAUUGAGUCAGGGUGCAGGCAGCAACCUGAAAUACGACAGUCGCUGCAUCAAGUCUGAGCUGGAUUGUCUCCAGCAGGUGAUUGCAGAUUUCAAGAAGCUCGAGCAGAGGCUUUGCAGUUUUUGUGACCCCGCUCAUCGAGAAGCUGCCUUUAAAGCCAUCCAAGCUGCCAGCAACCAGAUUUUGAGCUCUGACAUUUUGGGGGAGAUCGGUGGAGUGUGGGAAGAACAUCAGAAGUUUCAAGAGAAGCAGAAGGAUUUGGAGACGAAGAGAGGCGAGGAGACCGCCGAGCUCAAGCUGAAAGAAGCACAGGUGGACUUCUUGAGCAGGAAGUUGAGCGCGGCCAAGGAUAAUACCGCAUGGAUCAAGGAAAUGUUGAAGCAGAAACAAGAGGAACAUGAAGAUUUGAAAAGCCGCAAAGAGAAUUCGGCGAAGGACUUCAUUUUUAGAUGUCACGGAGCCAAGGAAGAAGCAAAGCGGAAGAAACAGGAGCUGGCGGACAAGAUGGAGGAGGAUCAGAAGACGAGCAGAGCUCCUUUGGAUGAUUGUGAGGAGAAAAUCAGGAAUCUUCAGAAGGACAUGCUCAACCUCGAUAGGAUCAACAUCAAUCACAUCAUCAUUGCCUUGGACAAUAGUGGAAGUAUGGCAGGGCAGCGCUGGAAAUCUGCUUGUAAGGCAGUUGAGGCGUUUCAAAAUGCAUGUGUGAGUAGAGGUUCUAUCGACAAGGUGAGCAUCAUUCCCUUCAACAGUGAUGCAAAGUGCUUGGUACGAGCUGCUCCAGUGGCCAACAAAAUGGCAGACAAGCUGCGAAGGGAAGGAUGUGGCGGUGGAACUUGCUUUGUGUCUGCUUGGGAUCAAAUAGCUGAGUGCAUUGAAAGUGAGCCCAAGUUCGCAGCCAUCUUCGUGGUUUUCCUCACCGAUGGCUUUUCGCAAGACAUUCCUGAGGCUACAGUCAAGGCUGAGGCGCUCUUUGAAGCUGCUGGGCGGCAGGGUAGGCAGAUGUCUGCAUUCUUCGUGCACAUCAAUGAGCCCGGCUUUGAACCAUGGCCAGUGGAGCAUGUCGAAACGACUUUGCAACCCUUAGUCAAAGCUGCGAAUGGAGGCAGGGUCCAAGUGGACUAUUUGGACCAGCAUAUCUCAUUGUUGCAAGUGGUCCAGUCGCAAGACCUGGUACCAGCCUUUGAGAGAUUGACCAGCCUGGUGAACCUGGAGAAAUGCAUCUUGGAAGCUCGUAUGGCCAUGCUGAGGGACAUGCAGAAGGAGUACACCACCAAGUGCUCUGAACAUUACCAACAGCUGAAACAGCACUACGAACAGGAGGUAAAAAUGUUGAGCGACGUCGCCAGCAAGGUAGAGAAAUCAGGAAAGCAUGACAAAAACUACUUGUGUGGUUUGUAUCAGUCGCUGGAGAGCACAGUUCAAAAGGAAAUCACACAGCUGCAAACAUCCCUCAACAAAGCAGAAGAUAGUGAAGACGCCCUGAGAAAGAAGUUUGUUGAAUGUGAGAGCAAGUACAAUUCGUGCCUGCAAUACUUUGAAAAGAGUCAGCAAGACUAUGAGACCAAGUCAGCUGAGCUGCAGAAACAGUGCCAGACUCAUUUGGCACAAUUGGAACGCAUUCAUGAGAAGCAGAAGAAGCUCGUGGACCGCUUCGGUUCAAGCAACACUCACGUUUUGCAGCUUCAGCUUGAAAGCCUGCAGAAGAUGAAGGAACAAUGGGAUGACUCGGGCGAGGACCAGAUUGAACAGCCACUUCCACGCGUGGACAGAGAUGCUUUGAAGAUGAUCUUGCAACAACGUGACCUGCAGUACGAUGGCGUACCGCAAAUGGAUAUGGAAAGGCUUCUGGAGCAUGAGGCAAAGUUACAGUGCGAUGACGACGAUGGAGAGGUGUCGAAGAUCAUUCAGACGUUUAGGGCCACAGGGAUUUCUGCAGAGCAGAUCUGCGAGGCUGUUGAUGCUGAAGGGGAGAAGCUGAAGGAAGCGAAGGAGGAGCUGGUGGGACUCCUACAGGAGAGAGCCUUCGAGGAGCAAGGCUGCCAGUCGGAAGGUGUGGAGAAGCAGCUUAAAGGGAAGAAGAAGGAGCUUCAAGGAAAGAAAGAGGAGUUGGCCAAGAAGGAGCAGGAGAUGAGAGAGUCCAAGAGGAAGAAGAAGCAAGCCAGGAGUAAUGUGAGCACCAGCGCAAGCGAGGAAGAGGACGGCUGGGAACUCAUUGACAAUUUGGAGAAUGAGGUCCAAGCCCUGAAGGAGGAGAAACAAAGUCUUGAAGGUGAGUUGAAAGAACUAGAGAGUGACUUGAAGACCCUGAAAAAGGAUCAGCAGGGGAUUUGCAAAGACUUGAAGCCUUGCUGUCGUGUCUUGGACUUUGUUGUGGAUGCUUGCCGCACGGCCUUCUUCGAACUCAUUGCAGAGAAGGAGAAGUUUGCCUUGAAAGCCAUCUUCGAGUCUUUUCAGAACACGGUGAGUGGCCCCAUGAAGGUCUUUGCGAAGAUGACUGAUCAGGCCAGGGAAGUCUUUGAGCACGACGUCUCAGUGCCACUCUCCUCUUCAAGAGUGGUCUGUGACAUGGGCAGAACGACCUUAGCGGUAGAAGAUGCGGAGUAA